AUGAACGCGUCACUGAAUCUGUCGGCAGACUGGAGCAGCUCUGAGCUUCAGCUGACGCACCGCUGCGUUAAGAUAAGCAUCAUCAUCCUCCUGGGGAUCAUGAUCACGCUGGGGAACAUCGCGGUUCUGCUGGUGAUCACCUCGUCCGUGUCCGGCUGGUCGCGCAACUCCCGCUACUUCCUGCUGUCGCUGACCGGCGCGGACUCGCUCUUCGGGCUCCUGGUCAUGCCGCUCAACCUGUGGGUGAGUUUGGUCAAGGACUACACGGAAGGACCGGACGCCCUGUGUCACGUGGUGGCCUUCUGCAACGCCACCGUCUACUCCACCUGCAUGUACACGCUGGCCGCCAUCAGCCUGGAGCGCUACGUCGCGGUCUUCUACCCGCUCAACUACUCCACGCUGCUGACCAGAAAACGCGCGCUGCUCCUGAUCGCGUACUCCUGGAUCUUCCCGCCUUUUCUGCUCAUGCCGAUAUCGCUUCCAUUCGACGUCAUCGAGGUGCACUUCUCCACCGCCUCGCUGGUGUGCAACCCGUCCUACUCCACCAACGUGGGCUACACGCUCUCUCUCACCUGCCUCAUAUUCUUCCCCUGCUGCGUCGUCAUGACCUUCGCGAACCUGCGGCUGUGGUGCGCCGCCCGCAGGCAGAGUCGCAAACUGCGCAAAUACCAGCGCGCGCGACGCAGCCGUCACAACGUGGCUUCCAGAGUCCUGGUUCCAGCGAUGGCCGCCUACUACACCUGCUGGACCCCCUGCAUGGCCGCCAUGCUCUACAAUGCAAUCUCGGGUCAAACAGUGCCAGAGUGGAUUGAAUUUGUGGUGGUCUGGCUGCCGACGUCCAAUGGUUUCCUGAACUGCAUCUUUUACUUUUGGAUCAACAAAAGCUUUCGUAGGAAGUUCCGAAUGGUCAUUCACAGGCUGGCCCUGUCCAUUUGCCCGAAACUGGCCGACACUCUUGGGUGCAACGGUGCCCCUGAAACAGCGUUCGAAUCCGUCCGGGACACUAACUUGUACAUUCAUGAACGAUCUUCAAGUGUUUCUUCCACUUGCACGCUGUUAUCCAUGACCUGA